AUGAGCAGAGGCAGAGAGAUUGAGCGCAAAAUUCUAAGUCUCCUUCACGGCGCCAAAACCCCCACCCAACUCACCCAAAUUCACGCCCACUUCCUCCGCCAUGGCCUUCACCAGUCCAACCAAAUCCUCGCCCACUUUGUCUCCCUCUGCGCAACUCCUUACGCCACGCGCCUCUUCGCUCACAUUCCCAACCCCAACAUUCUCCUAUUCAACGCCAUCAUCAAAGCCCAUUCUUUACACCCUCCCUUCCACCUUUCAUUCUCCUUUUUCUGCCUCAUGAAGUCACGCUCCAUCUACCCCGAUCACCACUCCUUCGCGCCCCUCCUCAAGUCCGCCUCCAACCUCCGCCAUUACGCUCUUGGCCAGUCCGUCCACGCGCACGUCCUCCGCCUUGGCUUGACACGCCACGCCUCCGUCCGCGUCGCCACGGUUGAUCUCUACGCGACUUGCGGGAGAAUGGGCGAUGCAAGCAAGGUGUUCGACGAAAUGCGUGACCCAGACGUCGUCGUUUGGAACUUGAUGAUUCGUGGGUUUUGCAACACGGGGGAUUUAAAAACGGGGCUGAAGCUUUUUACACAAAUGAAGGAGCGGACCGUGGUUUCAUGGAAUCUCAUGAUGUCGUGUUUAGCGCAGCGUAACAAAGAGGGGAAGGUUCUUGAGCUUUUUAAUGGGAUGUUAGAGCAGGGUUUUGAACCCGACGAUGCUUCCUUGGUCACUGUGCUACCUGUUUGUGCUCGCUUGGGGGCUGUGGAUGUUGGUGAAUGGAUCCAUUCUUAUGCGAAUUCCAAAGGGUUCGUCCGAGAGGCUAUUAACGUGGGGAAUUCGCUAGUGGAUUUCUAUUGUAAAUGUGGGAAGUUGCAAGCCGCGUGGGGCAUUUUCAAUGAGAUGGCUAAGAAAAACGUUGUUUCUUGGAACACGAUGAUAUCGGGUUUGGCUUAUAACGGGGAGGGUGAAGUUGGGGUUGGCUUGUUUGAGGAGAUGGUGCGUGGAGGCGUGGAACCUAAUGAUUCCACUUUUGUUGGGGUUUUGGCUUGUUGUGCUCAUGGGGGUUUGGUGGAUAGAGGGCGUGACAUAUUUGCUUCUAUGAGUGUGAUGUUUGGGGUUUCGCCUAAACUGGAGCAUUAUGGCUGUAUUGUUGACCUGUUUGGGCGUUCUGGGCACGUGAGGGGUGCUCUUGACUUGAUUACAAGCAUGCCAUUGAAGCCAACUGCUGCUUUGUGGGGUGCCUUGCUUAGUGCUUGUCGAACUUAUGGUGACAGGGAAAUUGCAGAAACUGCUGCUAAAGAGCUGGUUGAUCUUGAACCGUGGAACUCGGGAAAUUAUGUGUUGUUGUCCAACAUUUAUGCUGAAGAAGGGAGGUGGGAUGAAGUUGAGAAAGUUAGGCUGUUGAUGCGAGGAGACGGUGUCAAGAAAGUUCCAGGGCAAAGUGCAGCUGGAUAG